AUGUUGUCUUCCGGCAUGGUUGGUGAAAAAGGCAUGACUUCUUCAGCAUCAGGAGUGUUCGAUAGUUAUAACGAUUCAAUGUUGUCUUCCGAGAAGGGUGUUGCUGUGGUUGGAAGUUCAAAUGUUGAUCUCACCUAUAGAGUUCCGAGAUUCCCCAAAUUAGGAGAAACACUCUCUGCUCUCUCAUAUGAACAACAUUUUGGUGGAAAAGGAGCCAAUCAAGCAUUUUGUAUCUCCAAGUUAUCAUCCAAGGAACCACGUGUUGUAUUUGUUUCAGUGGUUGGAAAUGAUUCUUAUGGAAUUGAAAUGAAACAAUAUUACAGGGAGAAUCAUUUCUUUAAUGUUGAUAAAAAUAUUCAUACAGCACAACCUCUCCAUGGACAAGGUACAACAUCAACAACCACAACCACAACAACCACGGAUAGCUCCACUUCAACCAAUACUAGUGGUGGUAGUGGUAGCAACAAUAGUAGUACUACUACUAGCAACAACAUUCCAACCGGUCAAGCACUUAUUUUUGUUGAAAAUGAAUCUGGAAAUAAUUCAAUUGUUCUCAUUGGAGGUUCUAAUGAUUUAUUUAGUAUUGAAAUGGUUGAAAAAUCAUGGGAUGAUAUUUCUCAAUGUCGAGUGGUGGUGUGCCAAAAUGAAACACCUCUUCCUACUACUUAUUACACAUUGAAAAGAGCAAAACAAGAAGGGAUUAUUACAAUAUUCAAUGUUGCACCUGCUUUGAAUAUGUUGAAUUUACCUGAAUCUUUUAGUGAUCUACCAAAAUAUGUAGAUUAUUUAAUUUGUAAUGAAAGUGAAGCACCUAUUGUGAUUGGAAAGAAUGAUAUGAGCACAGAUUUUGUUCAACAAGAUUCUCUCAUUGAAGGAAUGUGUCGAGAAAUUCAAGAAAAAUUAAACAUUCCAAAUGUGAUCAUUACUUUGGGUGAAAAGGGUUGUGCAGCCUUGUAUUCCUACCAGAGCGAUAGUAAUACUAGUACAACAACAGAUCAAGAGAGAAAUGUUGAAAUGAUGACUACUACUACUAGUACUACUACUACAACAUCCAAUGAUACUUUACAAUUCAUUCAUGUGAAAGGUAAAAAAGUGGAUCAUGUCGUAGAUACAACUGGAGCAGGAGAUGCUUGGGUGGGAUCUUUUGCCUAUUUCAUUUCAUGUGAUAUUCCAAUACCAGAUUCCAUGGAAUUGUCUAAUUUUAUUGCAUCCAUUACGGUACAACAUGCAGGUGCUCAAUUAUCUUACAACUCACUUUCUCAAGCCACCAUUUUAGAUAAAUUGUAG